AAGGCUAGCGACGAUCGCGGAACGCCCAAACCGCCCAGUUUUCAUUUAGUACAAGCAAAACAGCGCAACGGUGUGAUCGUACGUGGAAGACGGCGCUGCGGGUUGUGAAUGAAAGCGAUUAAAAGCGAGCGCGUAGAAUAGCGAGAACGCGUCAAGUGAACGUCGGAAAAAAAUCAUUUAUUUUGCAUUUUGAAUUUCGUGUGCUUGCAAAAAGCGAGUUCAAUGGCAACAAGUUACAGCAGCAAUAAUAUUCUAAAGUGAUAUGAAAAGAAUGGAAUGGAAUUUAUAAAAAAGUUUAAAAAAAUAUAAAUAAUUAAAUGCAACACUACAACAACACAAAGAAAGUGUAAAGAAAAAAUUUGUACCAAAUUAACCAUGGGUUAUUUUCCACAUAAAGAACACACAAAUUGCCGCUAAAAUUGCGACAAAGAAAUGCAAAUUUAAUAAUUUUUUCCUCGCUUUACACUUUGUCACCUCGAGUGUGAAAAGCAAUUGAAGCUAAAGCAAUGCCACAGUGACAGUGAAACAACAACAAACAUCAUUAACAGCAAUAAAGUCAAUUGAAUAAUAUUUUCUGCUAAAAAUAACACAACUCACACGCGACUGCCCGAGGUGCAUACAAAGAAGGCACAAAUAACUACAACAACAAACAUAGAAAUAUACAAUAAAAUAUAUACACAUGCAUGUACAUACUACGUAACUGUAUAUACAUACAUAUAUGUAUGUAUGUUCUGCAUAUAUAUGUACAUACAUAUAUAAUCUAUAUGUAUGACUAGUGUAUAGUGAAAACGAAAAUAGAUAAAACAUCAAAUAAAGCACAAUCGAAGCUUAUCCAAUAAAAACACCAACACACACACCUAAACAUAUAAACUCACACAUAUGUAUGUAUAUAUGUAAAUAAGUGUGUACGCAAGUGUCUAAAUAAGUUGGGAAUAUGUCAAAAUAUCAACUGCUACUCGAACCGUCUGCCACCGGCGAUGAGGAUGCGCCCACAACAGGCGUAGACAACAAUAACAGAACAACAACAACAACAACACAUGCAAGCCUCCACAAUGCCGCCGAGAAUCUACAAGUGCUGCUCUACACCGACAGCAGCAACGAUUCCAGCAGCAGCAGCGGCGGCGGCGGACGGGCGCGUGUAGUGCGCAACAGCAACAACAACAACAAUAGAAGCGGCAGCAACAGCAAUAGCAUGAAUAGUCACAGCAGCGGCAGCAGCAGCAGUUGGGAGUACAGUCCCUUCGACAGUGUCAGCGCAAACAGCAACAACAACAACAACAGCAUUAAUCAGACAAAAGCGGCUGCGAUGUCAAGAGCAACAGCGACAAUAACAACAACCACAGGAACAGCAGUAGCGUUGAGUUUAGCCGACAUGGAAGCGAAAACGUCGUCAACAUCACUAUUGUUGGACGCUUACGAGGCGGAUGACACAACGAUGGAGGUGCCACUGCUUGGCGGAAAUGAUAAUAGCGAUUACCAUGACCACGCACACCAGCAGUUCACCACCGCUUCCGCUGCCGCCAACAACGAUGCUGCUGCCGCCGCCGCCGCCACCUGCCAUUGCCAAUUACCCGGAUUUGGCGCAAAUCUGCAUACAAAAUCCACGCAAGAUGCGAAAUUCAAAAUUUUAUUAGCAAUUACGCUGUGCUGCGUUUUCAUGAUUGUUGAAUUCCUUGGCGGCUAUAUGGCCGGAAGUUUGGCUAUCAUGACGGAUGCCGCCCACUUGGCGUCCGAUUGCAUUAGUUUUGUCAUCGGUUUAGUGGCAAUUUGGUUGGGCGGACGACCGCCCGAUGACCGUAUGUCCUUCGGCUAUAAACGGAUGGAGGUGAUGGGCGCCAUUGUAUCGAUAUUAGGUAUUUGGAUACUAACCGCAACACUAAUUAUUAUGGCCAUGGAACGUUUAUACUCCAAUGACUUCGAUUUGAAAGCCGACACUAUGAUGGUUAUAUCGGGCAUUGGCAUUUUAAUUAACAUUGUCAUGGUUUUCAUACUCCACGGCUCAGCGCUAACGCAUGGAGCUGCUCAUGGUCACAGCCAUGCACACGCCCAUGCGCACUCACAUUCGCACAGCCAUUCAGCGGCGGCCGACAAUGCCUUGGUGCAAGUUAAUGGUUCAAAUGGCGGUGGUGGCAAUGAAUUCAAAAAAUGUGACAGCGCCGAGAACCUAAAUCUGCGCGCCGCCAUGAUACACGUCAUUGGCGAUCUGGUGCAGAGCAUUGGCGUCUUUCUCGCAUCAAUUUUGAUACUAAUUUAUCCCAGCGCGAAGUUUGCGGAUCCGUUGUGCACGCUGCUAUUCUCCGUUAUAGUUUUCAUGACCACGGUGCGUUUGUUUCGGGAAUCGGUUGGCAUUCUGCUGGAUGCUGUGCCGUCGUCGAUCUCACUGCGUAGUUUGGCGUUGGAUUUGGCCGAUAUUGAAGGCGUUAAAUCCGUACAUCAUUUGAAUGUCUGGAGUCACACGAAUAACCACAGCGUCAUGAUGGUGCACUUAGUCAUUGAUUUUCUCUCGGACAGCAACACGGUGCUGCAGCGCGCCACACAAGUAGCCUGUGGCAGCAAAUAUGACAUCAAACAUUGCACCAUACAAAUCGAACGCUCCACGAGCACAUAAAACCACUUGCACUUAGACAAAUAAGCCAGCACAUGCUUGUGUGUAGCUAAGAAAGAGAAAGAAAUAAAUGAAAUUAAAAGUUGUAAUAAAAUCAUUAACUUUAUGAUUUUUAUCGUCAAAGACUGAACCGACGGAUUAAACGAUCACACGACGCCUUGCCAGACCAGGCCGAUGAAUGCGUGAUGAAAGUGUGAAAUUUCAGCUUCACUGGAGAAUGCAGUGGGAGAAAGAGAUGGAAGAGAAGGUAAUAUGUACCAUAUAUAUUUAUAUAUAUGUACAUAUAUAUGUGUUGGUGCUCACGUACGUGCGCUUAAGAACGGUUGGAGGGGGACGUGGAGGCGGCUGUGCCACACUUGCGAUGCAUUCGAGCUGCAGUAAUUCUAUCACAGACAAUUGACGUUGUCAUUAAAUGCUCUUCGCUAAUUGAUCGUUAAAUUUAUUACUUCUAUGAGAGGGCGCGCGGUAUGCGAGUGCGUGGUUAUAUGGCUGUUGCUCAUAUCGCUCUUCAUAUAUGGAAGAAUUUAUGUAUUUCACGCGUGUGCUUCAUAAAAUGAAUACAAAACAUACACGUAUGAGCACAUAUACACACACAUAUAUACAAACAACAGCAAUUCACAAUUAUUUAUGGCCAUUACUGACUAUUACUAAGCGUAAAACACCAAAGUUCACCGCUAUAAAAAAACGAAAAAAAUGGAAAAAACUAGAAAUAAUAAAAUAAAAUUCAAACAAAUCCAAAAGGUGCGAAAAUAAAUUGUAGCUAUCGUAAAUAUAUAAGGGCAUAUACAGAAAAUAAACAGUCUGCUGUUUGCUUGUUUUAUCACGCUCAAUGUGAUAAUGAAAAUCCUCGCGGUUAAACAGCAAUUACAGCGCUGCAAUAUUCAUAGGUAAACAAAAUUGCAAAUAAAA